GAACAGUUGUGCACAUGGUGUGCAUGUGCUUGGAACUUUUAGGCAUGAAGUUGUUGAUUAUCUUCUCUUGCUGCCUUACAUUUUACAGAUCUUCAGCAUGUGCCACCAAAAUACAUCCUACGAUAGAGUUGGCAAAGUCAGCUGGAUUCCCAGUAGAAGAGCAUCGCACUGUUACAGAGGAUGGAUACUUGAUAGUCCUCCAUCGUAUACCUCCACUAGCCUCCAUACGGGAACAGAGAGUUGUCAUCUAUAUCCAUGGUCUCUUUGCAAGCUCCCUUGACAUGGUCAUCAGAGGCCGAAAAAUGGGAUUCGGCUAUCAGCUGUCUGAGGCAGGAUUUGACGUUUGGCUGCCUAAUCUGCGAGGCAGUACUGAUAACCCAAUCACAGUAAAUGUUACCAAGAACAACCCUUGGGACUUCAGUUGGGAUGAAAAUGCACGGUAUGACUUCCCAGCUAUCAUGGAUUAUGUGCUAGCCACCACAGGGACCCGUAAAGUGUCUACAAUAGGAAUGUCUAUGGCAGCCAAUGUUGUGCUGGGAGGAGUGGCCCUGCGGCCCCAAUAUAACCAAAGACUAGGUUGUAUGGUGUUCUUCGCUCCGACUGCUCGUAUGAAGUACACAACAAGUUUUGUCAGAUUUGCAGCUCCUCACUGGCAAUGGUUUCAGAAAAUAGCAGAGAUUUAUAGAAUCUACAAAAUACCAAACAUGAACAAUGAAUUAUUCCAUCGUCUGAUGUCUUGGUUGUGUUCUCUUCGCAAUGUUGGGUUGUUUUUCUGUACUUCCAUCAUCUUCUCAGCUGAAAGUAACAUCUUUCAAAUUGAAAAGGAGCUUGUACCAACUUUAUUCAAAUAUUAUCCACAUCCAGGGUCAACAAAGACUGUCAUCCAUUAUUUCCAGAUGGCAAAUUCAGGAAGAUUCUGUGCUUUCGAUUACGGCCCAGAGCAGAACGUGGUAAAGUAUAACCAAACAGUUCCUAUGGGCUAUGAUCUUUCCAAAGUAACCGCUCCUGCAGCAAUAUUCUACAGCAAGUGGGAUUCAAUGGUCAAUUAUCAGGAUGCAGAGUGGUUGGCUAGUCAACUUAACACCAUACUUGCCUAUUCUGUGCCAAAGCCCAACUUUGCCCACCUCAGCUUCCAGUACGACCCUAACCUUAAGAAUUUAGUACACAACAGAGUAGUCAAUUUGUUACUGUCCUUGUGACAUUUAUUUGUUUAUUUAAUACAAAUAUAUUUACUAUCACAACAAAAAUGUAA